AUGGCAAAGGCAUACACGCGGGAUGAUUUCGAUGAGUUGAUGGGAAAGGUUCAAAAGGUAGAUAUGCGUGUGGUGGAGUAUUUGGAAUCGGCUGGUAGAGACAAGUGGGCUAGAUUGUAUGCAUCUGUUAACCGAGGGUGGACAAUGACUUCUAAUAUAGCAGAGUGCAUUAACCGACAUCUUCUUGCAGCUAGAGAACUGCCUAUAUAUGACUUUCUCGAAGAAGUUAGAAGGAUGUUUGGGAGAUGGAAUUACAAUAACCGGAGAAAUGGAACAUACACGUUCACUACACUCGGUAAAAAGUUUCAGGAGAUGCUAUCGAUCAACGAGUAUCUAUCUCUACGAAUGACGGUAGAACCGUCAACAGAAUUUGUGUACACAGUACAUGAUGGAGGACGACGAUUCAUUCUUGAUUUGAGUAGCAAAACUUGCAGUUGUCGUAUGUUUCAACUAGAUGAAAUCCCCUGCCCGCAUGCAUGGGCUGUCAUUAAAAAGAAAAAUCUGGUUGCUGAGGAUUAUUGCUCUGAUUUGUUCAAACCGGCGACCGUGUUGAAGACAUAUGAUAUACCGGUGGAUCCUCUACCCGACGAGCGUGAAUGGAACAUUCCCAACCACAUCUUGGAGGAUGUUGUUUUGCCCCCAAGAUACAAGAGACCGCCUGGUAGGCCAAAGAAGAGGCGUGAUAAGCCUUUAAGUGAAUUGUUGUUUGGAAAGGGCAGACAUGCUUGCAGUACUUGUGGACAACUUGGGCACUGA